UGCGGCUUUAUCGGAAAACGAUUUGGACAUAGCCAGACGACAAACUCGAUCAUACAUCAGCUAGUAUACGAACAACACUAAGAUUAUUUGUACAAAGUAUUCUAUAAUCAUUUAAUAAAUAAUAGACAAUGGAUACAACAAGUCAAGUGUAUAUUAGCGCAGAGGUAAUCAUUGGAGUGCUUUCAUGUACUGGGAAUGGUCUUGUGCUUGUAGCAAUCUUCAAAAAUCGUCGCUUACAAACUGUAACAAACUGUUUUAUAGCAAGCUUAGCUUUAGCAGACUUUCUUGUUGGCAUAGUUGUUGCUCCUCUAGCGGCAUUAAGCUAUUUGGGAUUGCCUCAUCAUUUCCUUGGUUGUGUUUUUACCAAUUCAAUUGUUGUUGCUCUCACGCAAGUGUCAAUAUUUAACUUACUAGCCGUGGCGUUUGAACGAUAUUUUGCAAUAAAGUAUCCGUUUGCUUACACAAAACACCUUGAUGUUAAACGUGCUUUAUUUCUGAACGCUGGUGUAUGGUUUAUAGGCCUUAUAUUUGGAUUAAUACCUGUGUUUGGUUGGAAUUUGAAAGAGUUACACAACGACGACUGGAGUUGUAAUUUCGUGACAGUUAUUGAUAUGGAAUAUACGGUUUAUUUUCAUUUCUUUGGAUGCAUUGUAAUACCUUUGAUAAUAACUUCAGGAAUAUAUUUCUAUAUUUUUCUAAUCGUUCGGAAACAGAUGGUUCAGAUUGCUGCCCUAAGUGUAUCAUCGCCUCAGCCAGGUAGUUCAUCUUCUAUAUCAAGAUUGAGGAAAGAAAUACAGGCUGCCAAAUCAUUAGCUCUUGUUAUUUUACUGUUUGCUAUUUCAUGGAUACCUAUCCACACUUUGAAUACCAUAACAUUAACUUGUAGUGACUGUACAUAUCCGAUAGAAUUGUUAUUGGUAACAAUUGUUUUAAGUCAUGCCAAUUCAGCAGUCAACCCUUUUUUGUAUGCUUACGGUAACAGCAUGUUCAAAAUGGCUUUUAAGAAAAUGAUUUUUAAUAAGGUUGACAACGAUUCGUUUGUCACUGAAGCUAUUGUAUCGCAUCAUGCAAGGAGUGCUAUACCUUCAAGUCAGACAGGAAACAGUAAUCAGCAAAAUGCAGGGAAGUUUUAAAUUUAGAACAAACAGGUUUUUACUAUGGUGUUUUGUAUUUUUUGAUAUCAUUGUUCAAUAAAUUGCUUUAUAUUUAUAUACUAAAUAAAAUGAUCGUUUAUAUGUUUAAUAAUGUUUCAAACGUUUUCUAUGAAACUGAAAACGUUCAUAAUUCAUAAGCAUCACAUUUUGUUUGUUGUGGUCGUAAAUUUUUCUGUUUCAUGAUUAUAAAAUAUGUUCAACCUUUUGUAAUAGUUUCAUACAGUUUUAUACAAAUACAUUUAAAACAUAUUUAAUCAGUGGUGCAGUGGUGCUGGUUUUUGAAGAUUGCCCUCUGUAUCACGGCAAUAAGCCACUUCGAUUUCACCAGAACGCAGUACAUCUGCCGCAUUGUUCCUGUGCAGACUGUCAAACAGUUUACUAGUUCUAGUGCCUUCAUUUUCUCAAGGAAAUAUUAUUACUUUUGUCAGUCCCUGAGCAGAGUUUACUGUGCGAAUGACCGUAGAAAAGAUUUCAUACCCAAUCACAACGAAAGUGAUCUGCACAUCGAAGGAAUCAAACUCAGCUCGCCCGAUUCAUAAAUCAACGCUUCACCAAUUGAGCUAACCGGACAAGAUUUAUGUGGCUCGAGCUGUUACCUCACCAAUGUGUAUUGACGUCACGUGAUAUUUAUACACAUAUUCUCACUAACUUUUCAGAAGGUAUAAAUAAAUGGAAUAUUACAUGAAUGUGCAAUCCCGGUGGAUUUUACCGCUCUCGUUGAUAGAGAACAGUUGUAUUUACAUUCGCUCUGCGGGCUCGUGGGAAUAUAACUUUGUGCAAACAACUCAUCAGACUAACAAUUAUGGAGUAUCCCCUAAUGAUCACUAUAUCAAACAUGUUUGUUUACCAUUUAUAUCAUUAGUAUGAAAGAACUAAGAUUAACCAUUAUAACAAACAUCAAUGUAUUCUUAACAAAGGGUCUCUUAUAUAUUCAUCAAAUAAGAAAUGUCUACAUAUGGUGUGUUUCCGUGUUAUUGUUUUAAAACUUUCGUUGUUUACAUUGUUUAUUAUGGUAAUACUCACGCAUGUAUAUCAAACAUUUUCAGGUGCUAUUAAAAUGGUUAUUUCC